AUGUCCGUCGAGACCAUCACCACCAUCUCUCCCAACACCAACAAGCCCAUUGUCACCCGCAAUGGCCUCUCGGAUGCCGACCUCCGCGCUCUCCCCGCCACGGCUCUCGAAGCUUGGAACAGCUUCAAGAAGACGACCCUCGCCGAGAGGCAGGCCAUCGUCAAGAAGGCCAUGAAGGGCAUCCUCGAUAAAAAGGAUGAGCUCGCCAAGGAGAUCACGGAGCAGAUGGGUCGCCCCAUUGCGUAUACGGCGAAGGAGGUGGCCACCGCUGUCAUGCGGGGCGAGUACCUGACGAAGAUCAGCGACGAGACUCUAAGCUCAACCGACGGCGAACCGGAGAAGGGCUUCAAGCGUUACAUCAAGAAGGUUCCUGUUGGCCCUGUUCUGAUCCUGUUUCCGUGGAACUACCCCUACCUCACCCUCAUAAACUCACUUGUCCCGGCCAUCCUUGCUGGCAAUUCUGUCAUCUUGAAGCCUUCGCCGCAGACUCCCACCAUCGCUGAGCAUAUGCAGCAAAUCUUCGUCGAGGCCGGCCUCCCCAAGAACGUGGUUCAAGUCUUCCACUGCGGCUCGUACACUCAGAUCGAGACUCUUAUCAGGGACCCGGCGAUCCAACUGGUUUGCUUUACUGGUUCCGUUGCUGGUGGACUGGCUGUUCAACGCGCGGCGAGCGACAGGAUAGGUGUGCGCGUUGGGCUCGAGCUUGGUGGCAAGGACCCCGCAUACAUCAGGCCCGAUGUGGACAUCAAGUGGGCGGCUGAGGAAAUCGUUGACGGCGCUGUUUUCAAUUCCGGCCAGAGCUGCUGCAGCAUUGAGAGGGUUUACGUGGACGAAAGCAUUCAUGACGAGUUCGUCACCGCUGUUCAAGACGUACUCAAGGGAUACAAGCUUGGCGACCCCUUUGACUCGCAGACUCAUAUCGGACCCGUCGUUUCCAAGCGGUCUGCCGAGACUAUUCGCUCCCACAUCAAGGGUGCUCUUGACAAGGGCGCGAAGGAUGCGACGCCGGAGAAUGACACCUUCAAAAACCCACCAGCGGACGGCAACUACGUUGCACCAACGCUCCUCACUAACGUGGAUCAUUCCAUGGAAGUCAUGACUGAAGAGACCUUUGGUCCAGUCAUUCCCGUCAUGAAAGUCAAGGGCGACGCGGAGGCCAUCAAAUUCAUGAACGACAGUCAAUUUGGUCUCACUGCCAGCAUCUGGAGCAAGGACGUUGAGAAGGCGCACGAACUGGCGGAUGACGUAGAGGCGGGUACCGUCUUUGUCAACCGCUGCGAUUACCCUGCGCCAGACCUUGCAUGGACCGGAUGGAAGGAUUCUGGCAGAGGUCAGACUCUGGGCAAGUUUGGCUUCGACCAGUUUGUCAAGCUGAAGAGCUACCACGUCAAGGACUACCCGAAAUAA